AUGUCCUCAGUGCACUUCUUGUGUGAGAACACCCCCAGAGCUCUAGGGGCAGACGAUGUAUCUCUGCUGAACGAGUCUGAGGGAGGCAGUCUGCCCGGGGAGCCUCCGCCGCCAUACCAGGAGCAUCCACAGCCAGUGUUUCACCCUAACCCGGGUGAGAGUCGUCUGGCGAGCCAGCUGACGGAAGAAGAGCAGAUCCGCAUUGCUCAGCGCAUCGGCCUCAUCCACCACCUGCCCAAAGGCGUCUUUGACCCUGGUUCUGACCCGUCUGACAAGAAAGUUAAAGAGUGUGUGAUCUGUAUGAUGGAUUUUGAUUAUGGCGACCCUGUCAGAUUCUUGCCCUGCCUUCACAUCUAUCAUGUGGACUGCAUUGACCCUUGGCUGAUGCGCUCCUUCAUCUGCCCGUCCUGCAUGGAGCCAGUGGAUGCUGCUCUCUUGUCCUCUUAUGAAGCUAACUAG